UAUUAAAAUGCUUCCUCCUCUUUGCCCGUCUGUGAGGUUGUAGCUUAGCAGCCGCAGCUAGCCGCCAGUCUGCUUUUUUACAUCUACAAGACUGACAGAGGGCAACGACGUGAUGGAAAUUGAUUCGCUUCAAGAAGCUCUCAGAGAUUUCGACAAGAAAGGAAAGAAGGAGCCAUCUCCUCUACUGGAACAGUUUCUAUGCCAUAUCGCCAAAACUGGCGAUACCAUGGUUCAAUGGUCUCAAUUUAAGAACUACUUUCUGUUUAAAUUGGAGAAAGUGAUGGAUGACUUCAGAGCCUCAGCACCUGAGCAAAGAGGUCCUGCAAAUCCCAAUGUGGAGUCAGUUCCAUUUGAAGAUAUGAAGGAGAGAAUUCUGAAGAUUGUGAAGGGAUACAAUGGAAUCCCGUUCACGAUCCAGCGCCUGUGUGAGCUACUUACAGAACCUAAGAGGAACUAUACAGGAACAGAUAAGUUUCUUCGGGGGGUGGAGAAGAAUGUAAUGGUGGUAAGCUGUGUCCAUCCAAUCUCAGAGAAAAAUGGAUGCAGUGCUGUGAAUAGAAUGAAUGGAGUAAUGCCUCCUGGAAACACAUCUGCGUUUACAGAGAGGAAAGUGAAUGGUCCAGGAACUCCACGACCACUGAACAGACCGAAAGUUUCUCUGGCCAGCUCACUAACAGCUAAUGGUCUGCCAGACAGCACAGACAACAAAGACACUGACACGGACCCAGAUGGCAACAAAGAUUCCAGUGAGGUUUCAGCGUCAGGUGGAUCUCCGGGAAGCUCGGUAAAGAACAAACACGAUGAAACAGAAGAGGACAUGGAAGCGGAACAGCAAGAGGUGAAGAGACUUAAGUUCAGCAAGGAUGAAGAGGAAGAAGAAGAUGAGGAGGAGGAUGAAGAGGAGGAGCAUGGGGUGGAUGCAUUGAGGCCUUCACAUGGCACCUGCCACUCAAAAGAAGCAGAAGCCAUGGUCCAAGAAGAGGAAGAAGAAAAGGUUGCAUAUAAGGAGGAUGAAGCCUCUAGCAGUGCUGCUGCCACUGAAGACCAAGAACCAACUAGCAGCACGGCGGCCGAUGCAUGUGCAGACUCGGGCCAGGAGGCCGAGCAGGCCGAGAGGGAAGUCCCGUGUGGCUCCGAGGACGAGGGCAGCGACAUGGAUCAGACAGAGCAGCAGGCACCCACAGGCGACCUGGAAAGCCCCGAGACCAGCAGAGACAGUGAGGAGAGCAACAGUGACCCAGUCAUCAGCAGCAGUAGCAGCAGUGAUAGCAGCUGUAGCAUAGAGGAGAGAGCAGAAGCGGCCAGUGAAGAUGUAGCUCUCACUCCCUCCAGCAGUACAAGUGAACCUCCUACAGAGGGCGAUAUGGGAAGUGCCAUCUUAAACACUGGGAACACCGAGGAGCCUAUGGAGCAGGACUAGACUGAGAGCCUCCCCUCCCUUUGCAGCCAUGUGUGACCAUAAACCAGCUUGUCCUUGACUCCAGCUUGACUGUCACUGGGAACGAGGACAGCACCUCAAACACAAGAAGAACGCCUCGUUACACUUUGGACACUCCUCCAAAAUGGCUACCUGGCACUGAUGUGGGCAUCCCAAAAAUUUUUUUCUUUUCCUUCUUUUUAACUGGAAUAUUUUAUUGAUCUUCCUCUCUUCUGUUUUUAAGUUUGCUUUUAAGUUUCCCUUAAAAGGGGUUGGUUUCUGCAGCUGUAUUUUUGUUUUUGUCUCUUUCACUGGGGUUGUUUGAGUUCUGUGGUGGUCUGGUUGUUUAAUGCCACUCACUCCAGCCAUUUUGACAUUAUUACAGGAUUGGUAGUCUUUAACCGUAGUGUAGCACACUGCCAGGGUCAGAACAGAGCUGCAUCAGAUCGUCAUUAUUUAAGAAUUUCACAUGUAAGCUAAAAAAAACCCAGCAAAUCUGUUCCUGACCUAAACUAUGGCAACCAACUAACCAACGUGUGUUCCACCAGAGAUGUGAGACCCCCCCCCCCCCCCCCCC